GCACUAGCUUGAAGAUAUUUUUCUCUUUGCGAAAACGUGUUGCAUGUGGUUUAGUUUACAGGUUUAUGAACUAAGAUCAUGAGGACUACCUUAACAUUUGUGGUGAUCGUGGCCUUCGUCUUGAUUUCUGCAUCUCUGCACUCAAAUGCAAAAAGGCUGACUUUGAAAGAGAACCACCGUCAGCUGCUGACCGAUGAUCGGCGCCAGAGCGAGACAAAUGCUGUCCCGACGGCUGGGGUGGACUCUAAAGACACCAAGGUCGACGGGGUGGCCGAUCAAAGCAAGGGUUCGGGGGACUCAAGAAAAAGUACCGGAGGCAGCAGUAGUACUGGUACUAAAGCGACGAACAACGAUGAAGAUGAUGAUGUCAAUUCGGCUUAUAAACACUACGGAGGCACUGGUUCGAACUCUGAUUCAUCAACUGACACUCACCGUUAUUAUUCUGUGGAUGACCGCACCGGUUCGGGCUCGAACGACGACGGACGCAAGCCUAAGCACUGAGAUUCACUGCUGCUUCCAAUCAAAGAAGAUGGAUCGAGCUGGCUAGCUCAUGCAUGUUUCAUAAAUAAGUAGAACCAGUGUGUGGCGAUGUGUUAGCCUAUGGGUUCGGUUUUACUAUGUCUUUCGCGCUUGUUUAAUCUAUUGUACGUGAUGGGUGUGGCUUGUUAGGCCUAUUGUAUGUACGUAUUUUGAAUUCGCAAUAUAUAAGCUAGCUUU